GUGUUGUCAGCGUCGGUCUUUUCCAGUAGAACAGCAAUGGCGAGCCCCGCGCAGCACGAGGGCGACGACGAUGAGGACUACAUGGACCAGUUUUUGGACAAGUUUGCACAUCAGAAAUAUAAAGGCGGUUUCAGCGAGGACAAAUGGGAGGAGGAAUUUGACCAAGUCCCCAUGUUCAUGAAGAAGGCUCCAGACGAGAUUGACCCUCUUAAAAAUCCUGAGCUCGCCUGUCUGCAGUCCAUUAUUUUUGAUGACGACAGACCCCUCGAAGAGCAGGCCAAGACCUACAAAUGUGAAGGCAACGAGUAUUUCAAGCAGCGGGAUUACAAAAAGGCCGUCAUCAGCUACACAGAGGGGCUGAAAAAGAAGUGCAGCGACUCUGAGCUCAACGUCGUCCUCUACACCAACCGGGCUGCCGCACAAUUCUACUUGGGCAACCGACAGUCGGCACUGAAGGAUGUACUGGCAGCAAGAAAAUUGAAACCCAGCCACCUGAAAGCCAUCAUUCGAGGAGCUUUAUGUCACGUGGAAAUGAAGAACUUCGCUGAAGCCCUAGCGUGGUGUGAUGAAGGCCUGGCGCUCGAGCCAAAGGAGACGCAGCUGCUGGAGCUCCGACAGAAGGCUGACAAGCUGAAGAGGCUGCAAGAGCGAGACGUGAGGAAAGCACAAAUGAAAGAGAAGAAGGAGCGCAGCCAUAAGGAGGCCCUGAUCAAGGCCAUCCAGAAUCGUGGCAUCAAGCUGUCUGCCCCACUGCAGCCAUGUCGACAGAGCUCAGGUGAUGAGGAGGAGGAGGAGGAGGAGAGCCUGUCUGGAGGGCUGGAGCAGCUGUCACUGGGUAGCUGUGGCCAUCAGGUGCUUCUAGAUGAGCAAGGUCACCUCAGCUGGCCCGUUCUCUUCUUGUACCCCGAGUACGGACAGACUGACCUCAUAGCGGCUUUUCACGAAGAGACCAGGUUCGUAGACCACUUGGCUGUGAUGUUUGGUGAGGAGCGACCAUCGUGGGAUGCCGACAGGAAGUACAGCCCCCAGGAUCUACAGCUCUUUUUUGAAGAUGAGGAGCGUGAAGAGCUGCACCAUGUGACUCCCACACACACCCUGCGGCAGGUGCUGACCCGUGACAGGUGUUUUAUUAAAGAUGGCACCCCCGCGUUCAUCAUCCUCGUUAAGGGUUCCUCGUUUGAGCGCGAGUUCUUAGCGGAGAGGAAGGUGCAUGGCGCAGAGUGAGCCACCUUCUGGAUGGACGCUGGCUGUUCAGGUGCCACCUGCUGACCAGGGGGUGAAGUUGAGGGCAGCCCCCUCUCCCACUGUUUAAAGCAUGGAGACUUUGCAGUACCCAUCAUCUGCUGGACUUGGUAGCGCUGUUGCUUUUUCGAUGCCCACACUUGCCCAGUGGCACCCUGUUAACUGGCAUAUUGGAUAAACUAAGAACACGGUGGAAGGCGUAUCAUGAUCUGGUGACAUGGGGGAUGGCACAGGAGAACCAGACAGGUGGCACCCACCACCUUGAAACAUCAUGCAUACCCCACAGUGGUCUGUGCUCACAGAGUUUCCAUGACUAACAGUGCCAAUGUGGGCCAUGACAGUGUGGAUGGCCUUUUGUUAAACAAACUGCAAUAAAAUAUAAAAAGUGCC